CAGUUUUUGGCUGUUCCCCGCGACAUUUUCUUCCAUUCUGUUCCGUUCCGUUCUGCCAUGUGUGCAAGCCAUUCUGCUCACACCACGGAUCGCGAUCGCAACCGCGACAGGAGCAGGUAUAAAUAGGCUGGGACGAGCACCCAGUUUCACCACACUGAUUUGAAUACAUUUCAUCUCAACACAACAACUCACUCAAUUUCUUUAACAAUGGCUGCUCCUAAGGUUGGUAUUAACGGUUUCGGUCGUAUUGGCCGUAUCGUCCUCCGUAACGCCCUCGAGGCCAAGACCAUCGAGAUCGUUGCUGUCAACGACCCCUUCAUCAGCUUGGAGUACAUGGCCUACAUGUUCAAGUACGACUCCACCCACGGUCGCUACAAGGGUGAUGUUGAGAUCAAGGACGGCAAGCUCGUCGUUGAUGGCCAUGCCAUCACUGUCUUCAACGAGCGUGACCCCGCCAACAUCAAGUGGUCCACUGCUGGUGCCGACUACGUUAUUGAGUCCACUGGUGUCUUCACCACCAAGGAGACUGCCUCUGCUCACUUGAAGGGUGGUGCCAAGCGUGUCAUCAUCUCUGCUCCUUCCAAGGAUGCUCCCAUGUACGUUAUGGGUGUCAACCACACCGAGUUCAACCCUGCUGAGACUGUUAUCUCCAACGCCUCUUGCACCACCAACUGCUUGGCUCCCCUUGCCAAGGUCAUCAACGACACCUUCGGUAUCGAGGAGGGUCUCAUGACUACUGUCCACGCUACCACUGCUACCCAAAAGACCGUCGAUGGUCCCUCCAAGAAGGACUGGCGUGGUGGCCGUACUGCCGGCGACAACAUCAUUCCCUCUUCCACUGGUGCCGCCAAGGCCGUCGGUAAGGUUAUCCCUGCCUUGAACGGCAAGCUCACUGGUAUGGCUUUCCGUGUCCCUACCUCUGAUGUCUCCGUCGUCGACUUGACCGUCAAGCUCGAGAAGGCCACCACCUACGAGGAGAUCAAGGCUGCCGUCAAGGCCGCUUCUGAGGGCCCCAUGAAGGGUGUGUUGGGUUACACCGAGGACGCUGUUGUCUCCACUGACUUCACUGGUGACCACCACUCUUCCAUCUUCGAUGCCUCUGCCGGUAUCCAACUCUCCCCCAAGUUCGUCAAGCUUGUCUCCUGGUACGACAACGAGUACGGUUACUCCCGCCGUGUUGUUGACCUUGUUGCCUACUCUGCUGCUAAGGACAACUGAACAGCUGGUCAACCCGAUAUCAAGAAACGUCGGGUGGAUUAGGUGAACUGCAUUGGCUCCAUCUGAGUUAAUUAGACGAUAUUUUUAGAAAACUUUAAUGAAUAGAGUGCUUAUGAAAAGUGUGGGUUUGCCGGGGUUCUUUGUGUGAUUGGGUGUCCUGUUAU